UUCGGGGGCUGGCUGCCGGAGGAGGUGGCCGUGCGCGUCUUCCGCUGGCUCGCACCCGACGACCUCGCCCGAGCCGAGCUCGUGUGCCGCCAGUGGCACAGCCUCGUGAGCUUGUCGCCCGCCUCGUCUUCCCUCACCCCCUGGCUCUGGCGCAAGGUGCACGAGCGGCACUUUGGCGGGCCGGUGCCGACCAAGGACAAGGAGAAGAGCUUCGACCAGCGCACUUUCUGCCUUCACUCCGCGCGUCUCCUCCACAAGUGCGGCCUCCUCAGCACGCAGAAGCGCGACGCCUUCUUGGUGGGCGCCCUCGGCUCCGGCGACGAGCGCAUUAUGGAGCUGAUGUGCGCCCACGGCGCGCCCGUGCCGCCCCGCAUGGUCAUCGCGGCCGUGCGCCGGGGCUCUCUGGGUACCGUGAGCGUGCUGCUGCGCUUCGUGGUGCCUACACAGCAGACCGAAUCCGAUGACGGUGCACAGCCGCCGGCGGCGAUUACCACCCCGCUCGACCCGCUCGAGGCCCUGCUCCAGGGAAGCGGCACCAGCGCCGAGACCCUGUGGCACCGGGCCGCGGAGGGAGGCCACGUCUCGCUGAUGGCGCGCUUGGCCAAGAUCCACCAAGAGCACAGCCAGGAGAGGUAUCGUCAGUUGCUGCUCUCUUAUGGUCCACGCGGCUACACCGGUAAACAAACAACCUCUCUCCAGCUAUUCAACCGAUGA